AUGCGUCCAGCUGUGGUAACUCCAGCGCUGCUGCUGGUGGUUCUGCUGUGUGUCGACAACACUGAGCAGACCAGCGAUGAGAAAAAAAUGGAGACCAUGUGUGGAAGAUAUGCACUGAGGUAUUGCGGUAACGGAUGGUACCGGCUGGAUCAGGAUCGCUGCAUGAAAUUUUUCUCACAUCCAAAAACCUUCGAGAAGGCCGAGGAACACUGCAACGACGUUGGCAACCACCUGGUGUCCAUUCACGACGAAGAGCAGAGGAUCCGUUUGGACUGCCUCGCCUGGAACCGUAAGAAGGCACUGCAACCUUUUUGGAUUGGAGCCAAAAGUCGCAGGGAGAAGUUCGAAUACACCGAUGGAUCUUACUUUGAUUAUACUAGCUGGCAUUACAAGGUGUCAAACUACUUCCUGGAUAAAUACAGCUGCACUCUCUCAAACUACAAAGCUUGGGGAGCUUGGGGCUUCGCAGGAUGCACCCACAGAUACAUGUACGUGUGCACUAAACACGCAUAA